AUGGGUAUUUCUAAUGGUCAUUUAUUCAUCCCUAUGUCACACAGGGGUGGCCUUUCUUGUUUGGUGUACAAAAUUUGCCGUUGUGAUUCAUACUCAAUUAAACGACAUGAUGAGAGACGACAUGUAGGGGAGACUGACACAGUUCCAUUUUAUACUGUUGGAAUGGAAAUUGCCAGAGAUAACAUUAUCAAGCAUGAAACACAAAAAAUUGAAAAGCUAGCAAGUGUGAGCACUUCUUCAAAAGAAGGAAAGUCCACUAAUUCCAAAAAUAGCGAUACAGCCGAUACUACAAUAAUUCCUACAAUAACAAUUGCAGACAAUGCGAAUGCUAAUAUCCAUGCAGGAUCUUCGCUGUCACAAAUUGAAACUGAAUCAGAGAUCACAAAAUCAGAAGAUCCUUGUGAUGUGACUGGUCCAGAAAAUUUGCAUAAGUCUGUUUAUGAAAUGAUCACUACAAAAUCAAAGCAAUCAACCCUGAACUUUGCUGCUAAAGCUAAUAAAGCAGAAGUGCCAAAGUCUGAUUUGUCUCUUGAGUCAAAAAUUGACAAUCUUGUAAGGGAAUUUCAGGAUUUUAAAUUAAGCAUUGGAAAGAAAAUCAAUGUUGGAUUGAAUGAACGACAAAAGCCUUCGGUGUUAUCUUCCAUUUCUGCGAAAACAGUACAUGAAAUGUCUGAACUGGUGACCUCCUGGCCAGACAUAAAAAACAUAAUUGAAAUGACAGACAAGUGCAAAGAAAUUCAGUUUUUUGGUGGUGGAAGUGGUGAUCUAUCAGUUUUAAGAUGCAAAACUUGUUUUGAUUAUCUCACCAGCUGUAAUGAUAAAAGUCAAAAGACUCAAAACAAUGACAUUGUGAAAACAGCAAAGAAAGGAGUAGGAAAGUAUGUUAGUAUGUAGAUACUUCAAUAUAAUUUGUGUUUACUGUUUAAUAAUUGUUGGCCGAAAUUCCUAGCUAAAAUCAUGUGUUUUGUAAGGAAGUAAAAGAGACUCAUGAUAAAUACCUAAAAAUAGAUACAAAUCAUACAAUGUCAAUGAGACAUCCUUUCAUGGACAACUUAGACUUGCCCCAAGUCUCUCUCGAAUGGGUUUUGAUAGGGUAUAUCCAGUUUAUUAUGAGAUCAGUUUUAAACUUGAAACACAGAAAACUGAUCUCAUAAUAAACUGGAUAUACCCUAUCAAAACCCAUUCGAGAGAGACUUGGGGCAACUCUAUGCACAACUACAAACAAACAAUGAAUUACUCAUUCCUAAGGUUAAGUAGAAUAUAUUUAUUUCAUUUUAACAUUCUUUUUUACAGGUAUUCAGGAAGCUUGAGUACGGGGUGGUUUUCAAUGCCAACAAAAGUGACAUGCUUUUAAAAGGUGGAGCACAAGAAUGGUAUUAUCUAAAGAAUACUGUGAAGCAACACAUUACCUGUGCAAGUAGUCAAGUUCAUUUCGAAGCACUGCAGGUGAAAGGAUGAUUUUAAAAGAAUCUAUACCCUUUGGAAUAAUUUGAUGUAUUUUUGUUUUGCUACAGUAAAAUACAGCAAGAUUUGUUCAUCAAAUUUUAUUUCACAUUUUAGUAUGCUGAUCGUCUAAAAAAACGGCGCCACCGUGUGACGACAGUUACAGAAAAUUUA